GCUUCCACUUGUUACCAGCCAUGCGAGUAUUUACUAUAGAGAUUUCAGUCUUCUUAUCCAUGAAGAAAGCACUGCCGUAGCUAUAAUACAUACUGGAGUAGUUUAUGAACGUAUAAUCUUCUUUUGGAGAGCCUUGCUUUCAUAAUAUUUGCUGUCACGAUCAAGUCGUGGAUAAUUGUAUCCCGUAUUUAACUUCAUAACAAGAAAUAUAUGAACUGUUUCGGAUUGAAUUACGGAUAUGACUAUUGUUUUUGUGAUACCAUGGAUAUCGACAUGUGAAUACUACUAGUUAUAAUAUACAUGUUUGGAAUCACUUUAUACAUGUUACUUAACAGAUUAGAUCUUUAAGUUUGUAUUGCUUGAGAAGGAAAACCCCUGACGAACAAGAUGAAGAGUGUGCCGCUAACAUCCAGAGGACCAGUAGAUGAUAACAACUUCCCUUGGGUGGAAUCCCAGACUAGAUCGUACCUGAGCAAAGGCGAAAUCGGCUUCCGGGGGUUGCGACACGAACCCCCUCCUCACACCUCGCCCCAUCGGAGAAGUCGAACCACAGGCAGUGUUGCAACGCCCAGUAUGUAUGGGGACCGAGAGACGGUGGUCCUACCGAAGAUUGCCACAGGGCGAAGUGCCAAGAGUGCCAAAACAAUGUGGAAGGAUUACGAAAAUAUCAAGAUCAAGACUGUACUCCAAAAUGAAUUGGAGACACCAAGAAUCACACCGCUUUACGUGCCGAAGAACCCCAAACCCCUGUACAAACGAUCCGUCGACGAGUGGAAACCAUUCGACAUCUUGCACUUCCGUGAGUUUGCCGAGAGUGGGGAGAUCGAACCUGAAGACGUCACUAAUUGCAACGAGUUCUACUCCCAGAUCACCUUCUUGCGGAAUGCUGUGAGGAACAUCGAUGGCACCACUAGUUAUCAGAAUCUUUGUAAAAAGCCUCGGAGCUGGAGUGAGCCCUCUGUCGUCGAUGAUCAGCCAGGGUUGAUCGAUGGUAACCGACUCCACUGGCAAUCAGCAUCCUCAUCUCUCCCGCAUCCUCGGAUGUUGCUACCACUCAAACCAGGACCUACCACCAAGUGGUAUGCGUGGCGGGCUGCCCCACCCAACAAAAACAACAAGGAUAAACAGAAGUCCAAACGGAAAAAUCGGAUCGAUCAUCACGGAGCUUUCUUAGACGCUUUCAGUCCACGUGUCGCACCUCAUCCCACGCCGGCUGCGAUAAAAGUUCCAGAGAGCACACCCAAAUCCGACAACUCCAGACUCCGACAAGUGCCUCGUGGAGGAAUACCCUCAGAUGGAGAUAAGGUGGAGAAUGAAGAGAACAUCAAGAUAGUAGAACCUAAAGGACUUACAUUCAUUACCGAAUCGAAAGAGGAGAGUGUUAAUCAAGCCGAACAGAGAGAGACUGAUGUGAAUGUGUCUCAGGAAACACCCAAAGACAACGUCGGUCAAGAGCUGGAGAACAACGAGGCCGAUGGACAGAAUGUGGUUAAGAAUGAACAAUCGGCAGAUGCGCUGAAGGGGAGUGGAGAACCGCAAGCGACCGUCGAUGGAGAGGAUGGAGCCACAAGUACGCAUCAGGAAGAUACCGAUUUAGCAACACAGGAAGGGGAAACUGAGAGUUCUCCUGGAGAGGAACAACACAUUGAUGAUGAGAGCAAGAGCGAUCAAAGUCCUACAAACGAAGAUGAGAAUGACAAUACGUUUGCAGGGGAGGAGACGGCCGAGGAUAAUGAGGUGAACGAAGGUGAUCCAGUAGUAUCUCAGGAAACUGAUCCCGAGACAGACGCAAUUGAUGAGGACAUACUUGUGCCAGACUCACCCACUGAUGUUUCCGAGAACGUCGAGCCUGCUACAGAAGAUAUCAUCCAAGGGGACGGAACUCCUGACGAUCAGAACAAUGAUCAAGAUCUUGUACGUGAUGGAGAAACGCCAGGAGCUACUGAUCAACCUGAAGUGACAGAUGAAGUUCAUGAAGAUGCCAAGGGACCACAACCUUCGGAUGGCCCAGACUCGACUGGUAAUCAAGACAUAGAGACAGGUGAAAAAUCCGACCAACCUACUGAUGAUGGUGACCAAUAAUGUAUUGAUCCUUGAACAAAGAUAUAAAUCAUAGUGUUGAACUUGAUAGAGGAGACACUCAGAUUAUCAAAAAGAGGAUCUCCAAUGCAUUCCAGAUGAUUCCGUCGAGCUAUGUGUUCAGAUACCAUUUAAAUUGACUGACAUCUCUAUCGUAUCGAGCCAUUGGUUAAGAAAGUUUGGCUAACGCGGUUCGAGUUGGGCACAGUAAUGGCGAAUGUUGCUUUGUUUGGCAAGCACAACACAAAAGAAUACCCGUCAUGUUAUGACCAACUGAUAUGUUGGCCAAAUUCUGUGUAUAAAUUGCUCUGGAUCUCUAAACGCAGUGAGCCAUCUUUUGAGGAUUCAUGGGAUCGAAGUAUUCGGUUAAUAGACGAUCUUAUACCAAGUCAGAAGGGUUAGGGGGUCGAUAAAUCACGAAAAACGUAAAAAUUAAUAUCGCUGACAUUAACUUUUCAUCUCUGAAGUGUCCUUGAGACCGGGGAAAUUAACGGUAACGCCAAACCCUCCUACAAAUAGCGAGAGUGUCCUUGAGACCAAAAGCGAGUGAAAAACCAACUCUGAAUUUUUAUCUCAUCUACUUCGGUCUCAUUAAACCUUACUUCUUGUUUAGGCUUCGUUUGCUUUUCGAACUAAAUACUGACAUGUGAAUACUCACUCAACAUUGAACUUAUGAUGCUCAGGAUAGCAACCCCGAUUAUGUUUAGCGGUUUUUGAGACGUUAUAUUUGUAUUUUGUUUGAUAUUUCAUAUGUUUGCGUUCAAAUAAACAAACAAAUGAUGAUACAUUUGCCAUCUAAAGAU